GAGGGAGCCUGUGAGAGGUGUCAGUGUCCUGUGAGAGGGAACUGAGACACCACAGCAGCAGCAGCAGCAGCAGCAGCAGCGAUGGAGUUUCUCUCUGCAUUCGUCUCCGCUGUUUUGGUCUGUGUUGUCAGUGCUGGGAUUCCUCACGAUGGAAUACACUGGACAUACACAGAAGGAGCUUUGGACCAGAUGCACUGGCCGACCAAGUACCCAGCGUGUGGAGGAAAGAAGCAGUCCCCCAUCGACAUCCAGCGGCGCAGCGUCACACACAACCCGGACAUGUUACAGCUGGAGCUGAAAGGGUAUGAUGAUCAGAGCGGGACUUUCCUCAUGUCCAACAACGGCCACUCAGUUCAAAUCGACCUGCCUCCCACCAUGGUGAUCACCAAAGGCCUCCCAGGAAAAUACACAGCCGUCCAGAUGCACCUGCACUGGGGCGGCUGGGACCUGGAAGCUAGCGGAGCCGAGCACACCAUAGAUGGAAUCCGUUACAUGGCAGAGCUCCAUGUUGUCCAUUACAACUCUGACAAGUACAAGAGCUUCAAAGAAGCCAGAGAUAAACCAGACGGGCUGGCAGUACUGGCCUUUUUCUAUGAUGACGGUCAUUUUGAGAACACUUACUACAGCGAUUUUAUCUCCAACCUGGCCAGAAUCAAGUACGCAGGCCAGACCAUGAACAUAUCGGAUAUUGACGUGCGCUCGAUGCUGCCUGAGAACAUCAACCAUUUCUUCAGAUACCAGGGCUCGCUCACCACUCCGCCCUGCUACGAGAGCAUCCUCUGGACUGUGUUUGAUACGCCCAUCACGCUUUCACAUAACCAGAUCAGGAAACUGGAGAGUACGCUGAUGGACAUGGACAACAAGACCUUGUGGAAUGACUACCGCAUCGCUCAGCCUCUCAACGACCGUGUGGUGCAGUCCUCUUUCCUCCCCCGCCUUGGAAAAGGAACAUUUUGUCGCCAAGAUGAGAUUGAGUCCAGGCUGCUGAAGAUCGAGGGUCUGAUAACCUCUCUUGGGAAGAACAUGCACUCAGGUGGACAAAACAACGCAAGGCCUACUAAAUAUGCAGAAACUCGUGCUCUGUUUCCUCUGGUGCUCAACUUCAAGGAGAAAAAUAUGGGUAGUUACGCUUUUGCUAGUCUCAGCCAGCCUAUGGACCUCCACGCCUUCACCGUCUGCAUGCACGUCCUGCCCCAGGUCGAGGGCAUCCACACCGUCCUCUCCUACUCCAGCAACGGCAACGAUAACGAGCUGAUGAUCUCCAUCGGUGAAGACAGAAACGCGAGAGAGGUGGGUCUCUGGAUCGGCAACGAGUUUGUCAACCUGCCACACAACGUCAAGUCCCACGAAUGGACCAACUACUGCAUCACCUGGUCGACCCACACGGGCGGGGCCCAGCUGUGGAUCAACGGCAUGGUGGGGGAGCAGCGUUACCUGAAAAGCUCUUACACCAUCAGCCCCGGUGGCGUGUUCAUCCUGGGCAAAGACCAGGAUGGAUUACUGGGCAUCUCAAACGCAGACGCCUUUGUGGGUAAGAUGACCGACGUCAACGUGUGGGACUACGUACUGACCACAGCAAAUAUCCGGGACCAGAUGUCGUGUGAGAGGAACAGCACGGUGGUGGGAAACGUGUUCAGCUGGGGAACCACCGAACUUAGUCUGUAUGGAGGGGUACAGCUGGAGAGUCAGUACAGAUGUUUCUGAACGCACUCAGCUGCUUCUGUUUGUAUGAGCUUUAACAUGUAUUAAACCAGAGUACUACCGCAGUACAUCUUUUCAUCAAUAAAGGCUUAACGGUGA